UUCCAUCGCCAGACAUUAAAGAAGAAGAGCAAGCAUAGCGGCAUCCGAGAAAAUAUUUUCGGCGGCACGGACAGCUGCUGAAACGGCUCCGAGAGCGGCAACGCUGUACUCCAGGUUGUCGCAUUACGACCGUAUUGUCCACCUGGCAAAAACUGAGGUGGCGCUCUGCGACAUCGCGAGGUGCUGCGAUAUUCAGACUUUCAGCGUUUUGCUGUGUUGUCCUGGCUACGCUCGCUUCUACUGGAGGGGCAAUGGAAGCGUGCCAGCGACCAGCGAGUUCCAUUCAGUACGAGUCACCACUUUCCAACGACUUCGUCUUCCUAGACCGUCUCGUGAAAAGCGACGAUGGCCUUGACAAGCUGUACGACGCAGUCAACUUCGUGGCCACUUUCUUCAUCCCGGAACCGCAUAUUCCAAGAUCACUUUUGGCACCCGAGCUCCUCAGUAAUCCAGUGGACCACUUGCCUCAGGCCCUUACGGAUGCCCUGCGAGAGCUUCCCCGCAUGACAUACCUCGUAACGGGAGCUAUAUCGCUGGCGCUCGUCUUUCCCCUGUUCGGCCUCUCCCUGCUUACGUGUCGUUUCUGCUGCGGUGCCUGCGGUGGUCGAACGGACGUGUUCGAGAAGAAGUACGACUCUUUUUGGCGCUGCGUCUGCUUCUUCAGCCUGGGAACGUGCUGCGCCUUCAUGACAUUUGCAUGCGGUUGCGCCAUCAUUGCCAACAUGUACACGCACGCGGGUAUCAGCUCUCUGCCAUCAUACCCGAAACGUGUCAUUCAGGAUGUGGAGACGGGCUACCUGAAGACACAGCACGAAAUUGAUACCCUGUUUUUGACCGACUACGCGAUUUUCGAAGCAGAGAUGAAAGACAGACUGCAGAACUGCGCGAAGAUCAUUGGAGAAGAUAUUGAAGGCAUACUGGCUGUAAACCCGGUGCUGCUUGCAAAGAAGCUUGUUAACCAUAUUGUGAACAUGACAACGGAAGCACAAGUCAUGAAGCUGUCAUCGGACCAGUAUUUGGCAGCGACAAGCGCUGUAGCGACCCAGAUACUGUUUGAGCCAGGAAAGUCUGCAGUUGCGAAGGUUAUCGCCACGUGCUCCACACUCCAAACAAACGUCGACCUUUGCGAUGCCAUCAAAAGCGCCAAAGCAAAUCUGCAAGCUCAGUCUUCGAAUUUCGCACCGCUGACCGACUUAGGAAAGGCCAUGGCGAACUACUCUGAAAUGCUGAACACAUUGAAUGCCGCGCAAUUUCAGCCAGUUGUAGACAAGGCGUCUAAUCCCACGGCGAAAGACGACUUCAUGAAAGCUGUGAAUGCAGGCGUCAAUGCUGCGAAGGAUUACCUCCAGAAGCUCGGAGACGACUACGGAGACACGAGUAACACGUUUUACAUUGAACCACUGGAAUUUCCGGAAGAUAUUAUGACAGCCGUCGACAAACGUAUAAUUGGGAAGUACAGGAAGUUCCGGCCUUACGUGUUGGCGUUCAGUGGCUUCAACGCAGCUCUGGUGGGCCUGCUGCUGGUGUGUCCUACGACGUUGUACGUGUGUGGCCUCUGCGUGGUCGCGUGGGCGCCGGCCCGGGGCCGCUGCACCUACCGAUCGGGUCGCUGGUGUUUCUCUCUAGGCGCAUUCGUGUUCGUGCUGCUCUUCGGUUUCGCUGUGCUGCUCGCCUUGGCUGGUCUCGUCGCGGCCUUCAUGACUACGCGCUGCGGAUGCGCGCUAGCGGCGGACCUUAAGCAGGCUGGGGUCGCUGCUGUCGUUAGGUAUUUGGUCCAGCUCGUGCAGAUUCGCACCGACGACGACAGCGUCGCCAGUAAGCUUGUGACCUCCGUCAGCUCCGACUACCUGCUGGAUGUGACGAAGCGGUUCGGCUCCUGUCACACGGAGCCUCGCAGUGCCUACCGCCUGCUGGGCGAGCCGUUCGUUCGCAACGCGUCGAAGGCGAUCGGCUGCGAGAAGCUUCUCUCUAUCCUCUGGGAGGGCUUCGACGAGAAGCCGCUGGAUGCGCAGCUAGAGUUCAUCGGCGGUUCAGUGGGGAGCAUUGUGAACCCGAGCCAGCUGUCCGCUCUGGCCACAACUCUGGAGCCGCUGAAGCACUUCGAACUGCAGGCGCUGAAGAUCCAAGAGAUCGAAACGAAGGUCGAGGGCAUCAGCACGAAAGGAGACUACGCUGAAGAGCUCAAGACCGCACUAGACGCCUUGGCACGGCAGGUGACCACCCAGACGGCGCUGGCAAGCACUCUUUGCAUCGGUUUUUAGCAUUGUUCUGAACUUUGCC